GACCGCAUUUGACAAGAGAGGGGGAACCCAAAAAAAAUCACAGCGUGGGGAUUUUGGGGGUGUGUUUGAGAGAGGGGGUAGUGGAAUUAGCCAAAAAAUGGUGAACGAGAGGGAGAUUAUUAGUCCUCUCCUUUACCAUCACCACCACCACUCCCUCUCCUUUCUUUCUUCUUUCUCUCUCAUUCCCAUUAUUUUCCCUAAUUCUUCUUCUCUUCUAACCCUAGUUCCCUUUUCUAACAACGACCCCCUUUUUUCUUUUCCUCUUCUCGUUCCUAUUCUUCUUUCGAUUCUUCCCUUAUUUUCUUUUCCUUCUCUUUUAUUCUUCUCUGCGUUUCUCCAUCUGGGUCUCUCUCUUUUCCCUGUUGGCUUCCUGGGUUCGACGAUUUCUUGGUGGUGGUGUUGCUCUUUCUUCGCCAGGGGUGUUGAAAUAAUAACCUACUAUUGUUAUUCGUGAUUCGAUUCUUAAGGCUUAUGCUGUGUGGUCUUGCAAUUGAGAGAAUUUUGUAAUGGAGGAGUUUGGGACUUCGGGGAUUUAUGGAAGCUCUACUAUGAGGCGUAAAAGGAGUCGCCCUUCUCGUCGGCCUCGACUUGAGUCACAGCAAUUAGGCGAAGGUAUAGAUCCUUCCCCUUCAUCUUCGACGCCACCUUCGGAUGAUGCAGUCAAGUUCUCCAGUGAUGAGAAUGGUGGUGGUGAUGGUACUCCUGGGAGAAAAGAAUUAAGUCUCAAUCAAUGUGUAUCCAGAGGCUCUUCUGCUAGUGGACCUGAAAGUGAACAUUUUCUUAAAAGAAGCAAAAAAGAUGGAAGUUUCGGUUCAUAUUAUCGGAGCGAACCUGGACGAAGUGCCAAUGAUAAUAAACGUAGCAGCGAAGGUGUCCUUGCCCCUGCUAAUUGGAGAAGCACCAGCAAGGUGUCUGAUGGUAUGGAAUCGGAGUCAAGCAGCAUCGAUCCGUAUGGUGGAAGGUAUGGUGGUGAAAGUUCAAGUUCUGGACAGAAAGGACUUUAUGUUGAAGAAUUAGCGAAUGAUAACAAGGUUAAGAAGGUUAAGCUUAGGGUUGGUGGGGUCACCCGUACUAUUCAAGCCAAUUCCCCUCCCAAUGGCACAUCUAAAGGCAAUUCUCAACCUUCAGAUGGUCAUAGGCAGCAACACAAGCAUAACUUUCAGCAGGAAAACUUUAAUGGAAAUCAUUCCCCUUCAGAAAGAAGGGGCGGUUUGCAUGGAGUUCCAUGGAGAGACUUUUCUAGGGGUGGUUUUGGUCUUGAAAAGGAGGAAACAUUGACGGGGAAGAUGCCUGGGAGGAAUUCUGCUGGGAAGCAUGGAGCAGAGACACUCCGGAAGAGUAAAAGAGCUUCAAAGAAGCGUGUUCUUGAUGGAGAUUUUGACGACGAUGAUGACGAUGAGAUACGGUAUUUGGAGAAGCUUAGAACUUCGAAGGCUUAUGCCGGGUACCGUGAUGAUGGUGAAGAACCAAGCAAGAAGCAGCGGAAACUUUCCAGCAUUUCUAGUAUGGAGAAUUAUGGUGCAUCAAAGCAUAAGGUAAGAUCAGAUAUCGCUUCUGAUGACAAAGAUUAUGAGGAAGAUGAAGAGUCGGCAUCUGACAUUGAUGCUGAUGGUAAUCAUAAGAAGCAGAGGAAGGAAUCCAUCGACACAUUGAUGGAGGGUAAGAGAGAAAUGACUCUUACCACACGUCAAAGAGCUCUUCAGUCUAGCAAAGAAGCAUCAUCUGCUCGAGGUGGUAGUUUAAUCGAAUUCCCAAAUGGUUUACCACCUGCUCCACCCAGAAAGCAAAAAGAGAAACUCACUGAUGUGGAACAGCAACUCAAGAAGGCAGAAGCUGCGCAGAGACGGAGGAUGCAAGUAGAGAAGGCUGCUAGGGAAUCUGAGGCUGAGGCAAUCAGAAAGAUACUCGGUCAAGAUUCAAGCCGGAAGAAACGGGAAGAUAAAGUGAAGAAACGCCAGGAAGAAUUGGCUCAGGAGAAGGCUGCAAAUGCUCAGAAGCUCUUAUCAAACACCAUCAGGUGGGUCAUGGGUCCUUCCGGUACUGUGGUGACCUUUCCAAAUGAUAUGGGAUUUCCAAGCAUAUUUGAAUCUCGGCCCUGCAGCUAUCCACCCCUGCGUGAAAACUGUGCGGGUCCAUCGUGUUCGAAUCCGUAUAAGUAUCGAGAUUCGAAGUCGAAGCUUCCUCUUUGCAGUCUUGUGUGUUACAAAGCAAUUCAAGAGCAGUUGACAGAAACUACCUGCUAGAUUCUUAGCUUUUAGCUUUCUUUGCAUUUUGUUCAUUGAUUCUCUUCAAACGAACUUAGAUAGAUAUAUACUUGCAGAGAUGAUGAUGGAAGAAACGUUUUUGAAUCUGUUUCAAGUGCCUGUAGCCAUUAUGAUGUUGCUACCCCAUUUUUAAGUACAUAUCAGAAGAAUUGAAUCAAUCUUUUCUUUUCCUCUUCUUUAGAA